GGGGGCAUGAUGGCACGGGGGUACGGGGGCGAGACUUGAAGUUGACAUGUUGCUCCUAAGCACCACAUGGCCACCACCUGCCGGAGUCCCAUGUGGCGCUGGAUUUGUACCACUGGUGAUGUCAGGGAGGCGUCAGGUCCUGGACAGCCGGGGAAGGGAGUGAGGAGUGUGUGAGAGCCGGGAGGAAGAGGAGAGAGAAGAGCGGUGAGUGAGGAUGCAGGGAGUGCCGUGGGUGUGGGUGUGCGUGGCAGUGGUGGUGCUGGUGCCGGGGCUGCUUGGGGAUGACCGCUGGCUCCACCUCAACCUGCACCCCGAACACCUGCCCUACGUGCUGGCUAACGACCCUCACCUGGCCGAGGAGUGCCGGGCCAGUGACACCUGUCCCUUCAAGAAGCACCUUGACCGGCCUGCCUGCUGGGGUCACGAGAAGGGGUGCGGGGGUGGCAGGUCCUACAGCCAGCCCUCCUGUCCUGGGGAUGCGCGGGGAUGGGUGAAGACGAAAGAGGAGCAAGUGACCACCUUCUUCAAGCAGGCGGACUUUGGCUACGUGAAGGAGCAGAGGGAGCAGCUCAAGGUCUACUGCCAGCCACAGCAACAGGGGGACUCAUGGCUGGAGUGCAGUAACCACCUCAGGUUCUGCCGAGGGAGGAACAUCUACAUGGACUUCAGGCCACUGCUGCACCGCCAGGAGCCCGUACACUACCACAUGGAUGUACUCGACUAUGGCCAGGUUGGGGGGCACUGCAGCCUGGACCAGCAGCUCCUGAAGACCAACACCGACCAGAUCAGUCCGCUGCAGUCGUGGGGGCCAGAGCUGAGGCACUUUGUGGAGUUGGGGAAGCAAGUGCAUCGUGGGGCCCCGAUGUGUGACCUGUGGAUUGAAGCCCCGACCUACCUCAUGAAGAUUGACGCCACCGUCAACAUGUACCACCACUUCUGCGACUUCCUGAACCUGUACGCCUCACAGCACCUCAACACCACCCACCACUCAGCCUUCUCCAGGGACAACAAGAUCAUCAUUUGGGAGACGCUUCCCUACUGGUCGAACUUUGGGGCAGCCUUCGACGCCUUCACCAAGAACCAGCUGUGGAACCUCAACGAUGUGACCGGCAAGCGUGUGUGUUUCAAGAACGUGGUGUUCCCGCUGCUGCCGCGUAUGAUCUUUGGGCUUUACUACAACACCCCGAUUGUGUGGGGGUGUGAGGGGAGCGGCCUAUUCCACGCCUUCUCCCACCACCUGCUGCAUCGACUGGGCGUGGCGACGGCGGAGUUUGGGCGGGAGGAUGGCCGGGUACACAUCACUCUCCUCUCACGGGACACCAAGUACAGGCGCGUCCUCAAUGAACGACAGCUCAUCCACGCCCUGGAGAGGAAUGAGAAUUAUGUAGUGCGCAGGGCGGAGUACACCCACAAGAUGGACUUCCGCCAUCAGCUGCUGCAGGACCAGUGGAGUGACAUCUUCAUAGGCAUGCACGGGGCUGGCCUUACCCACCUCCUCUUCCUUCCUGACUGGGCGGUGGUCUUUGAGCUGUACAACUGCGGGGAUGCUAAUUGUUAUCAGGACCUUGCCAGAAUCAGGGGGGUCAAGUACCUGACCUGGCGUGACCCCUCCAAGCUGACCCCUGAGGACGAGGGUCACCAUCCCGAGGGGGGCGCACAUCAGAAGUUCACCAAUUACCACUUUGACGAAGACGAGUUCCUGGCGCUGGUGGGGGAGGCCGCGGAGCACGUCAGGUCACACAUCAGCUGGCUAAGGCUUCACCCACCACCACACCCUAAAGGACCCCCUACUCCCUCACAUCAAGAGCUAUAGGCCGGGGGAAUAGGGUGAAAUGGGGGGGGGGGGGGCAUUAUUUUAUUAGGGUGGGUGGGUGGGUGGUUGGGUGAGUUGGUGGGAAGGGAAGGAAAGGGAGGCUUGGGUGAGGCUCAAAUGGGUAGGUGUAUGGGCUAGGUGAAAUGGGGGAAUGGUUCUAAUAUGAUGGGUGGGUAUUAUGUGGUCUUAUGGGAAAGUAUAAAGGGAAAUAUGAGUAAGGGAGAAGCUCAAAGGGGUAUUAAGAUAAGGGAAGGGAAGGGGAAAUGGGGGAUGAACAUUAUGAUAGGAAGUUGUUAUGUAUUGUGGGAUAGGAUAAAGGGGGAAAAAAAGAGACUAGGGAAAAGCUCAAAAGAUGACUGACUAAGAUAAGGGAAACAAAUGGGAAAUGGGGGAUAAUUUUAAUGUUAGGAGCUUAUUUAUUGAGCUGAAGGAAACAAAGUAGAAAUAGAAAGCUAAGAGGUACAGACAAAAAAGGGGAGGAAAAGGUAAUAGGUGAGAUAAAAAAAGUAAGAAAAGAGACUGUAGAGAGGGUAGAGAGGUGUAAUGAUAAGCUAAAGGAACAAAAGGAAGGAAAGGGGACAGAAUUAGUUGAAUGGAUAAAUGAUAUGCUAAAAGGAAGGAAAGGUUAAGAGAGGUGUGAUGAUGAGGUAUAGGAACAAAAGGAAGGAACAGGGAAAGAAUAGUCAAAAGAAUAACUGAUAUGCUAAAAGGAAGAAAAGGUGAAUUUGUUAAGGAAAGGACAAUAAGAAACAGGUGUGAAGAUGGUUGAACACAGAGAAAUGGCAACUCCUCUUCACUCUCUACUCUCAUUCACUACUUAUUUAACCUUCUUCCGUCACUCUUACGAAACACAGUAUACUUAAAUAGCCAUCUGUGUGUACUUAAAACAGAGCAACAGAUAGAAGACAGUGAUAGACCAAGAUUUAGAUAGGAUUACCUGAAAUGAAGGCCGUGGCUGUACUUAAAGAAACUCAUGAUUCGUGUGAUCUUAAUUUUGGUGGUAGUGAGAAAGUGAGAUAUCUAUGUUUUGUAGAAGUAUUGAGAGAUUAUAAAGAAGUCUGUUGUGGAUUGUAGAGUGUAUUAGAGCACCAUAUUUUGUCUUUGUUAAUUCUAUCAUGAUUGUAGAUGAGAAUAUGGUGAGUGGUGAUAGUGAGGUCCAUUGUGGAUUGUAAAUUUUAUCAGCACCAUAUUAUGCCUUUGAUGGUGGUGCUAGAAUAUUUAGUCCAUUCUGUCCUGAUUUUUGGAUGGUGAGGAUAUGGUGAAAGGUUGUGGUGAGCUCUCUUGUGGAUUGUAAAUUGUAACAUCACUAUAUUUUGCCUUUUAAUGGUGAUGUCAGAGUAUUAGUUUUAUUAUAAGUGUAGGAGGAUGAUAAUAAUGGUGAGAAAUUAUGGUGAGAUUUGUUGUGGAUUGUGAUUUCAUCAUCAUCAUUUCAUCGACGCCUUCUCCUAGGAGCUCCCACCAGGGGAUGGCCACGGCAGAAGAACUUCCAACUUUCUCUAUCCAGACACUCCCUCCUUGCCUGCUCAAAGUUUCUCAAAGAUCUUUCCCCCCUCUCCCUAACGUACUCUUGCACCCUAUCCCUCCAUUUCACUGGAGGUCGUCCUCUAGCAUUCCCUCCCUCUAUCUCACUCACAUACACCCUUCUGGUCAUCUUACUCUCCUCCAUUUGCUCCAUGUUGCUAAACCACUUUAAAGUCUGUUGCUUCACUUCUUCCCUUCACCCCCGUGACACAUUCCAAAACGCUCGUACACACUUUCAUUACUCAUUCCAUCCAUUCUACUCACACCACAAGCAAGGAGGAUUGUGAAAUAUACCAGAAAACUAUAUUUUGAUGGUGAAGCUCGAGUAUCAAUUACAUUUCAAAUGUACGAUGGUGAUUAUAUGGUGAGAGGUUAUAGUGAGGUCUGUUAUGAAGUGUAAAAUGUAUGAGAACACCAUAUUUUGCUUGGUGAUUUUGAUGAAGCUGGAGUAUCAGCUAUAUUUCAAGUGGAGGAUGGUGAUAAUUUGGUGAAAGGUUAUAGUGAGGUCUGUUAAAGAAGUGUAAAAUGUAAAAGAACACCAUAUUUUGCCUGGUGAUUUUGAUGGUGAAGCUGGAGUAUCAGCUAUAUUUCAAGUGGGGAAUGGUGAUAAUUUGGUGAAAGGUUAUAGUGAGGUCUGUUAUGGAGUGUAAAAUGUAAGAGAACACCAUAUUUUGCCUGGUGAUUUUGAUGGCGAAGCUGGAGUAUUAGUUUAAGAUGAGAAUAUGGUGAGAAGUUAUAGUGAAGUUGUUGUGGAUUGUGAAUUAUAACAGAACUAUAUAUUACCUUCGAUGGUGUUGCUAGAAUAUUAGUUAGUUUUAUUCCAAGUCUAGAAUGAUGAUAAUAUGGUAAAAGGGUAACAUAUAUUAACUGUCCAUUGUGGAGUGUAAUACAUAGACUGAUAUUUUUCUUUGUUAAUGGAAAAGUUAAAAGUAUAUCAAGUGUAGUUAUGGGUAGAAUGAUGAGGUAAUUGUGAACUGUUGACUGUCUCCAAUAGGGCAUAGAUGUGGAGAGAUAGAAUGUACAGUGUUGGUAGGAAACUGUUUAGGCAUAUCUGUGUUGAGUUAGUACUGACAGACACUAACAGGAAUGGCAAGACUAGGUAGAGGGUUGUUAGCAGUCACUUAAUAUCUGCCAGGUGAAAGGGGAAAGGAUUUUAGCUUGGUAGCAGCGACGGGCCAAAUUUGUGGCAUUACCGUGUAGCAGUGACGGGCCAAAUUUGUUCCAUGAUAUAAACCUCCAAAUUAGAUGAUACAUGAUCUGAUCACAAAUGCUUUGAUAUAUAUUAUGAAAUAGUUUGUGUGAGGGGUGAUUUUUUCUCAUUUUUCUCACUUGGAGGGACCAUUAAGAAACAUGAUCCCUGCUGCUACCGGGUUAAUAAGGUGGGUGUGUAUUGUGUGAUUCUGUGGGGAAGCAUAAAGGGAAAGAAAGAAGAUAUGGGAAAGGAUCAAAAGGAGUGCUACAUGUUCCUCUGUUUGUUGAUGAAAAGUGUCAAGUGUAUUUAUGACUUAUAGAAUGAUGAUUGUGAACUACUGAACUGUUAACGUAUCCAGUAGGGAAUUGAUGUGGAGAGAUAGAGUGUAUAGAAUGUAGGUAGGAAACUGUCUAGGCAUAUGUGUGUUGAGUUACGUAGUACUGACAGACACAAACAGGAAUGGCAAGACUAGAGAGAAGGUUGUUAGCAGUCACUUAAUAUCCGCUAGGUGAAUGAGGGGUAAGGAUUUUAAUAAGGUGUGUGUGUGUUGUGUGAUUCUGUGGGGAAGCAUAAAGCGAAAGAAAGAAGAUAUGGGAAAGGAUCAAAAGGAGUGUUAUAUGUUCCUCUAUUUGUUGAUGAAAAGUGUCUCAAGUGUAUUUAUGACUAUUAUAGAAUGAUGAUUGUGAACUACUGAACUGUUAACAUCUCCAAUAGGGAAUAGAUGUGGAGAGAGAGAGUGUAUAGAAUGUUGGUAGGAAACUGAGUAGGCAUAUCUGUGUAGAGUUAGUACUUACACACACUAACAGGAAGGACAAGACUAGCUAGAAUGUUGUUAGCAGUCUAUUAACCCAGUAGCAGCGACGGGCCAAAUUUGUGGCUUUACCGUGUAACCAGCGAUGGGCCAGAUUUUUACCAUGAUAUAAACCCCCCAAAAAUAGAUGCUGCAUAAACUGAUCACAAUUGAAUUGAUAUAUGUUAUGAAAUGGUUUGUGUGAGUGAUGAUUUUUUCUCAUUUUUCUCGCUUAGAGGGGCCUUUAAGAAACGUGAUCCCCGCAGCUACCGGGUUAAUAUCUGUGUAUGUAUUGGCAUUGAGGGUGUGAUGGUUUAGCUCUAGUGGGUUUAUGUGUCAAACUGUGAAAGUGUAGAGUCAGGGAGAGGUAGUUUGAACCCUAGUGAUGUAGCAUUAUGUCGGGGAAGGCACCCAGUCUUAAACCCCAAGCCACAGUCUCUUUAUAUAUUCCAAUGGUGUCUUACUAUGCAGCAAUUUGAAGCAAUAUAUGUCUCACAAGAAGAAGAAUGUAUAAGCUCUCAAGACAAAGAAGAAGAACGGAUAUUUGAUCAUUGUGAAGGAGCAAGACAGAGGAGGCUAUUCUAAGCUACAAAUUAGGAGUCGGAGAAAAUGUGGUGCUGUUUUGGUAUGUUAUCUACCAUGUGUUUUCUGUUGUUUGGUAUGUUAUCUACCUUCAAGUAGAGUAGUUUAAAAUGGCAGUAAGAUUCGGGAUGUUGAGAAGGAAGAGAUAGACCAAUUCAAGGAUCUGGUCACAAAAUAAUCAGUCCAUCAGUUGCACAAAUCAUAAAAGGUCACUAAAUAAUUAAUCUCAGUCUCACAAAGCAUAUAAGAUCAUAAGAGUCAAUCCAUCAGUCUCAAACCAUACAAGGUUACAGAAGGUCAUCAGUCUUACAAAGUCUAUCAUGUCAGGUCACAAGUCAGUCCCUCAAUCUCAUUUGGGUCUUCUCUAGUGAUGGUUUGGGUGUGACUUUUCAACAUGGCUCUCUAUGUGUGUGUCAGCAAUAGGUGCUCUCAAAGGGGAUUAUUGUGUUCAUCGUGUCAGUGUUCUUCCGUCGGACAUUAAAGAACCCUAACCAUGGGGCUCUCUGAA